CCUGCUACAUUCCACAACAGUACAACGAUCAUAGAGAACCAAAUCAGUCAGUGAUCAACAGGGAUGAAGAACGGCACACUACAGUUUCAGUGAGAACGUAAACCUGAGAAAACGUGAAAUUCAAAGUUCAAACGUCGUGUAGUAGCGAGACAACUAAACGCGUAAAAAGCCACCUUUGAGCACAGAAGUCAAGGGCUUGUGUAUAAAAGAGAUCUCGAAGGAGAGAGUACAGGAGUUAGAUAACCACAGCUAGGACGCGUGUGUGCGUUUUUGGGAAAGGUGCAAAUUAGUACAAUUAUACAGUGAAUGGUGUUGGUGAGCUACUAAAAUAUCAAAUACUCAUUGCUCACGCGCAGCCGAGAUGGUACUAAUUUUUGCGUUGGACAAUCGGUGCGAACGACGCGAACGUCUCAUCCCCACCCAAAUCUGGCAAGCAAACUACGGAUAUGCGAUGCACUACUACCAGCCCAUGAUAGAUUAUCUCGAUGAGAAGCGUGUGAGCGGCCACGAAAGUCCGCUACUCGCACCCGAUCCUCGGUGCCCUUAUUUGCCAUACUCGGAGGAGCGCGGCCUGUGCCGUUAUCACACCGCGGACUUCCACUUCCGUCCGUAUAGCGACCAAGAAAUAGCCCAGUUUGUGAAGCAAACAGUUGACACUGCGAAAGGGUACCUGCCAGACUACCGCUUCGAUAUAAAGCGCUCGGUGCUCAGUUUAACCGCGACUGCCGACGCUGCUAGACUCAAGAAACACGUUCCCGUGGACAGUGUGAUCGCACGUUACCAACGCAAGUUAGCUGAUCGGAAGAUACAGGACGAAGCAAACGCAAGGCGCGAUAAGAUGGCAUUGUUAAAGCGAACCCAGUUCUAUGGCGAAGAUCUGAAGAACGAUGAGCUCUCGCCUGAACUCAAGCGAGCAAUUAAAGGCAAAUCAGCCGAUCAGAUCAAGAACAUUCUGCUUAACGAGUCGCGCAAAUAUCGGCAGUCUGAAGAACGCCAAGUGGGUCAGUUCAACAAGUUAAGCUCUGUAACACGGACAACGGGAAGUCGCGCGAACAGUGAAAUGCGUUACAUCGUCAAGCGAACAACUAGCUCCGUAGACGUGAGCCAGGCGGCUGAAGAAGCUACACAUCAAUACAAGGCCGUACAUACGUCGGUGGAUAAUGUACGACGAGAGAUUAAGAACUUCGCCGUGAAAACGCAAGAAUUCUUGCACGACACCAGGUGAAAACCUUCGUCUAAGUUAAUCUACUACACCAAAUCUUCACUGUAUGAUUGAAAAAGCCAUAUUAGUAUAUUACUAUUAGUAUUAUCAUUAGUUUAAGGUGUAUUAGUAGCAGAAAUUGGGAUCAAGCCGUACUCCCUUAGUCUCUCUGUUCUUUGACAUUAGUGCAAAGUAAUUAUUAGGCAAAGAAUAUAUUAGGAAACGACAAAUGUUAAAUAUUUAGAGAAAUUUUCAUGGCAUCCGUCACGAUACCUUAAUGAUUGUCAAUAGUUAUUACAAUGUUUAGUCCAAAAGCAAAUUAUUAAUACGAUUUUGUGAUGAAAAAUCGCUUGGUUACUGCAUAGCUUCUGCUAUGAGAAAACGAGACGAUUCUUUCCACUAUCGCUCUGUGCAUGACUCUGCGUCAUGGUACUUUUCUUGAUUGCCAAUAUAUUCCUUAUACUUAUCUGUUAUCGAGCUACUACGAAUCUUGAAAACUUAGCAUAAAGUUGAGUGCUGCCUCGAUGGAUAAUGU